UAUGUAUUAUUAUUGUACAUACUUUUUUUUCUAUAAAAUUACCUAUAAGUGCAUAAAAAUCUGCUAUAACUACUAUAUAAAACGCUCAAAAUUUUUGUUGUAUUUUCUUACGUAUUUUGCAACGUAUCUCCGCGUACCCGAAAUAAAAUACGAGCUCGACCACCUCAACUCGCGCGGUAUCUUUAUCUACGACAAGGAAUCGGUUGUGAUGAAAAAAUGGCAGAUCCUGGAGUUCGACGGGAAGCCGUACUACGCGUUUGUACCUGAAGACGACACGCCACUGGCUGACGAAGAUAUUCCUGAACAGAUAGAUGAGAUAGGACACGAGGAUGAGAAACAGGACCUCGUCAAAGUCGAAUGUCUUUACAACGAAGAUGAACUACAGUACGAUUCGACGGACGAAAAAUUAUACGAGGAUGAAGAUCUUUUAAACAGGAGUGCAGAGCACAAGGAAGAAGAAGAUGUGAAACCGAUAAUUCUAAAUGGCACAAUUGACGAAGAGAACGAUAAAACGAUUGGAGAUAUUUAUCAGGUCAAAGUUCAAGGUAGUAUGGUCACUAUAGAGAAGCUGACAUCCGGUGACAUUGAAGAGGCGAAGGAAGUGGUGGAGUAUCAAGAAGUGGAACACGAAGAGCAAGAGGAGCAAGAGAUGCAAGAAGUCUAUAACGAUCAAGAGCAGUUGGAACAGAUAGAUCAAGUAGAUCCGGAUGAUCCAGAUCAGAUAGAACAAGUGGAAUACUUGGAGGAAGAGAUCUUGGAGUUGCCAAAUAAUCAUGUGACACCAGUGAAGAUGCGUAGGAAAAUUUCCAGAAGUCCGGGCAGUGCACUGAAAUGCAAACUUUGCUCGGAGAUGUUCAGCUCGGCCAUUUCGUUCAGGAAACACGUGGCAUGGACGCACAAGAAGAAGGUGUGCAUACAGGAAGAUGGCGCGUAUAUCUGCGCGGUUUGCGAUUACAGGACGCUUAAGAAGAGUCUUUUCGCGGCUCACUUGGAAAGAAAGCACGAAACUUGGUCUAGAAAACGACCCAAUAGCAUGUUAUUCCCUUGCGCUGCCUGUGGCUUCGUGUGCAGAUCGAAGCACUCGUUGCAAUCGCACUUUAUUAGAAAACACACCGAUCGGUACGAGCAUCAGUGCAAAUUUUGUCCAAAGAAGUUCAAAGUGAAAGGCGAUCUGACCAACCACAUACGAUUCCAUCAUAAAGAAAAACCGAUUAACUGUCCCGUGUGUGGAAAAUUAUGUCAGAAUACUGGCUCUCUUUACGUACACCAGAAAUGGGCACAUUUUAAACCCAAGUACGAGUGUCAUAUAUGCAAACGACGCAUGGUCACACAGGAAAAUCUCGACCAACAUCUGCUAACGCAGCACGAGAAAAGGGAGAAGAUAGUAUGCGCCGAAUGCGGAAAAACGUUCACCAAAAAAGAUUCUUUUAAAAGGCACAUGGCAGUGCACACAGGAUGCAAGCCACAUUCCUGUCUAAUCUGCAAUAAACCAUUCGCGAGGAGGUCUCAGCUGCGCCAACAUUUGCUCAUCCACACUGGGAAGAGGCCUUUUGUCUGCGACAUUUGCGGGAAAGCGUUCACACAGAAGCCUGGUCUGAUCUGUCAUAGGAAAACUCAUCCUGGACCUCAUCCUCCUUUACCUGUGAUGCCAAUUGCGGAUAUCGUGAAAGAGUUCACCGAAGGUUACGUACAGGAGAUAAACGCACGUGAAAACGAGGAGAGGAUUGAGGAGGAAGCGUAGAAUUGUUUCAAAUUUGUUGAUCUUUUGACUUAAGCAAGCGUUUCCUUUGAUACUUAAUCAACAAACGUUUCGGUCGCUAGGAAGAUUAUGCGAUUCUGUUGAAUUUCGCAUAUCGAGACAAAUAUUGCAUAAGAGAAUUUUGAUUUUAAAUGAUAAAAUAUUAGACGAAUAAGCUUCGAUCAUAGAGGGUCGUAGAAUGUACGACGAAGUUUUCGUUUCUGCUCGUCGUUGAAGGAUAAAUUGCAAGUACGUUAAUUAAUUACACAUUUUCUAGCGAAUAUUCGUUAUAUUAUCGAUAAACUAGCGCUGAUGAUUCUGCAGUAAUACUCGUGUUCCUACGAAUUGUAUCGCGUUUCUUUGGAACCUCGGAAAAUAUUAACAUAUUUCAAAUAUUAAGAUAAUCUUAAUGCAGGAUAUCAGUGAUUUUUGAUUCCCUGGUAAUUCUUUGAUAUUCGUACCACAAUUUAAAAUUAUGAAUUUUUGAAAAAGUAAUUAUUAAGAUAAGCAUACUACUUUUCUUAUUCGUGGAUUAUAAAAUUUGUAAAUUUUCGAAUAUGAUUAUCGAUAACUAAUCCUAUAUCAUAAUCGUUAUUUCAGCGAUUUUUAAAACGUAAAGAUUUGUCAAACACUUUCAUUCCCAUAUAUUAUUAACCUUUCGUUGCUCCCUAUUUUCUGUUCUUUAUUAACAUCGUGGUACUUUUGGGUACAUUUUCUCCAUCCCGAAAUUUUGUUCAUGUCCUUGAUUUUUAAAAAUUCAAAGUUGACGAAUAGUCGAAACGGACAGAUUUUUUUAUAUAAUAUAUAAUUUUUUACAUAAAUUUUAUGUAAUAGCAAUUUGAACACUGUCGAGACAUUCGAACGAAAGUGAAAUUUCGUUUGCAUCUAAAAGGACUAAAAGGAGGGUUAAUAUUAUUAAUGAAAAAAUUAGUACAGAGUUAACUGUAUAAGUUGUAUAAAAUUGUAAUCAUUGUUUGCGAUCAACUGUAUGCUUCAACAACGAGUAAGAGCAAUAUUUUCUCACCCUUGUUGUUCGACCCGAUUGAUCGAAACAACUGCAAGGUGCGAAUGAUAGAAUGCCAGAAUCGAGAUUGGAAGAUUAAAGACACUAGAUCGAUUAAUAAUUAUUUUUAGACGUAUCGCGUGUAACUAUAAGUAUAGAGAUGUAAGAUGUAUAAUAUAAUAACAGUCUUGUAAAUUGAAGAUUUAAGUGAACAAAAAUGAAACGGAAGAGUAUAAGCUUCCAUUCUGAGUUUUCCUUUCAGUUUAUUAAAAAGUCUAGAAGUCAGUCUUAAUCGGCUUCUAAUCAUCAAUAUCAUACUAUAUUUUAACUUAAUUUUUAGUUGAACGAAUAUUUAAUUGAUUCAAUUGUUUGAGAAAAAUUAUAACUCGUAUUAUUAUUAUUUGCAUAAACAUGCAGUAACGGAAUAAACGUUUCCUGAGCUGGGUGUAAGAGAAAUCGCAUACUAAUUAUGUAACAUCCAUUAAAAUAUUAAAUUUCCAAUUAGCGAGCAGAUAAAAUGGCGUUACUUCGUCAUUAACGAUAUCGAAUAAAAUUAAAAACUAACUACGCAAGAAGCGCUAGUUUCCUUUUGUUAAUUAUAAUAUGCUAUGAUUACGCUGAAUUAUAGCUUGCGUUAUUUCAAUACAGUGUGAUAAAUCGGUCAAAUAAAAAAAGAAACUCGAUCAUGUUCCAUCUCGUUGAAAGCUUUUUUCUUACGCAUCGUAUUAAAAACGAAGAUAUUUCACAAUUCCUCGAUGAACAUCCUCGUGUUGUUUUAAUGUAUAUCGUGAACCUUCGGUCGUCAUUCACGCGAAGUCAUUGAUACGUUCGCGUUGUGAUAUGUCUUAAUGACACUAAUUCUAUUCGCGAGAGCUAGUCCUCCUAAGAAUAACUGUAAUAUAACGUAACACGGUAAUAUGCUCCGUUUCACUCGAUAUGUAAACGUAGUAACGUCCCUGCCUUCGUCGACCAGGUUGCUAGUAAUUGUCCAAGGGACAAGCGUAAAAUCCGUGAAAGAAAGGAAGCUCGCGCAGUAGAAAGCAUGCCUACAACAGCUAUUUUUCUAAAAAUCAAUAGCUUAGUCUAAUACUUAAGGAUGCGUAUGCGCUGUGUAUAGCUUUGAGUUUGAAAUAAAUAUUUUUACUGAA